AUGACUACUCUAUCGCCGCCUCUACACCCUGCGUCCCUGGAUGUGGGCACGGCCACCGCUCCGCUGGAAGAAUACACAGCCGAGGCAGUACGACGUGCCGCGGAAGCCUUGAUUCAGAUCCGUGCUGGAGACUCUGGAGAUGCUGGAGACUCUGGGAACGCCGUCGAACCUUCUCAACAAUGCCUUUCGCCAAGCAUCAUCCAGGAUAACGUGACGCAAGUCUCAGAGGCAUGCUUCACCCCGCCUGAUGUCUGCCUUGCCGAAUGGACUCUGGAUCUGGACAGGGAGCCCUUGGACGCAGCGUCCCUAGAGGAUGCGUUUGCCCAGCUUGAGACAAGACGGCGCGCUGAGCAGGCCUUGAGCUCGUCUGCCACGCCAACAUCACCAGUCAGCAAGCCGGCCACGUCAGCCGAGCGUGGUCCGCUUUGUAACGGCUGUGCCUCUUCCCUUUCCAACGACAGCUGCGCAUCGUUGUCGCUGCCGUCACCGCUGCCGCCGCCGCCAUCGCCACCAGCGACUCGAGCAAGACGACCACUACCGAGUCAUGGAAGGCCCCGUGAAGCGCGACAGGACUACUUGUCCGCAGCGGCGAGUCAGCGCGUAGGACGCAAAAGGGGAGGGAAGCCGCAAUCAAAGACGAGGCGAAGAACACGACAACGCGCAUCAAACCAACAACGCACGCCACAGCAGCGUGGAGCCGGUAAGGAGUUUUUUCUGGCAUCAGCAGUCGCCUUCCAAACGGACAACCACGAGCUAGUGUUCACACCUCAGCGAAGAAGCCGGGUCUGGGUGUCCGAAGCUGGCCCGGCAAGGAUCGAGCUUGAACCCGAAAGUCUCCCGGAGACACCGCGCUGGAUUGACGUCCACCCCGGGGGCGUCGCUAGCUAUGCUGUCCGGCUGUCUUGGCACGCAGAUCUAGAGCUUCUCUGCGGCCUGGACGAGAUUCGCGGAAUGACGCUGGCGAUCAGUCGUGAAAUGGCACAAGACCUGCUGUUAGCUAUUGGGGAAAGCCAUCAGUUUGAUUCUGAGGCUCUCAAGCUGCUGAGUAAAGGCCUCACGUAA